CCUUCCAAACUUUUUAUAUCGCCGCUGACUCUUGACGACAACCAUUCUUCGGACUCCGACAACCCUUGUUCCGUGGAACAAUCAGCGCACCGACGGGAAUGACGGUUCCACUUCCGGGUGUCACAGUCGGCGUGCUAGCCCUGCAGGGCGCAUUCAGCGAGCACAUUCAGCUGUUGCGAUCAGCGGCGGAGAACCUCGAGAGGCGGAAUGGACUGGAUGCGAAGUGGAACUUCGUUGAGGUCAGGACUCCGGCUGAGCUAGCAAAAUGCGACGCUCUCAUAGUGCCCGGAGGCGAGAGCACGACCAUGUCCCUUGUUGCGGCGCGGUCUGGGUUGCUGGAGCCGCUGAGAGAUUUUGUCAAGGUCCUCCGCAAACCUACCUGGGGAACGUGUGCAGGACUCAUCCUGCUCGCGGAGUCUGCGAAUAGGACCAAGAAGGGCGGGCAAGACUUGAUCGGAGGCUUGGAUGUGCGAGUAAACAGGAAUCACUUCGGCCGACAAGUUGAGAGCUUCCAAGCGAACCUGAACCUCCCAUUCCUCGGUGACACCGUAGACAAAGGCGCUGAAGAGCCCUACCGCUGCGUCUUCAUACGGGCUCCCGUGGUGGAGAAGAUUCUACCACACACAGCAGGCAUCCAGACGGAAGAAGCCUCCAGGGGUGCCACCAUUGUCGCGCCUGCAAAGACCCCUAUGGAUGACCUUGCUAAAGAGGAACUGAAGGCGGAGGUGGAGGUCAUGGCCACAAUAUCAACACACUCACUAGCUCUCCAGAAUAAUCAAGAACACCAGCACGCUGGCGCAGAGGACAUUAUUGCUGUGCGACAGGGAAACGUCUUCGGAACGAGUUUCCAUCCUGAGCUGACGGCUGACCCGCGUAUACACGUAUGGUGGCUGGAGGAAGUUUUGAAGGCUGUUCGACGGAGGCAGCAGUUCGAGCUCGUCGAUCGCUCGGUCUCAUAACGCGUUUAGGGGCACAAAGGCAGAGAGUUCGAAGGCGUUCACGAGGAGUAACUGCAUUUGUUAGACCUUUUACCUAGAUGCGAAUUCGCUGGUAGAAACGCAGCAAACAGUGAAGAUCCGGAGACCUCUGUUGUCUUCCAGCCACAAUGAACCAACGCCGUGCCCCAAUCCAACUCCUUGC